AUGGCUUUCACUGAUAAACCUCAUCUUAUAUUAUUGUUUAUGAUGUCUUCUACUCUUAUUCUUUUUGUUUCGGUUUUAGAUUUAUCAAAUGCUUCGGCGGAAACCCCAUCUUCGGGCGCUGAUGGCUUUUUACCUCUAGCCGAAAAGCAUGUUGUAAUCCGUAAUAAAGUAAGAAACAAGCAAAUUUUGAAUGUUCAUUGCAAGUCUAAGAGCGAUGAUUUUGGGAUGAUCCAUAUUCCUUGGAAUGGUACAUGGGGUUUUAGAUUUCAUGUUAACCUUUGGAAAACUACGAAGUAUCAUUGUCAUUUUACAUGGUAUAAAGGUGGUUCUCACUAUUUUUAUAUAUUUAAAGCAUCGAGAGAUGAUAAAGAAUUUGGAGAUCCUCCAGUUUGCAAAGAAUGUAUUUGGGAUGUGGGGAGAAGCGUUGAAAACCCUGUUUGUCGCGUUCCUCGUGAUCCCAAAGAUGAUCCAUAUUGUUUCAAAUGGGAGGAUGGUCCUUAAAUAAAAAAAACUGUUAUCCCUAUAU